ACGUGCAUACGCACAGCUCUCACACAGACGCGGAUUAGGGAUCAACUGUUCGUUCGCACACUGGAUUAUCAAUUUCUGAAACUGACAUCCCUCUGAAUUCCAGGGUUUAUUCAAAUCCUUCGUGGAGUACUUUGUAAAUAGCUGUCAUUUACACAACUGACGGAAUCCCAAUGGCAUCCAAUAAUAUGUACAGAGUCGGGGAUUUCGUUUAUUUUGAAUCAUCAGCCAAUGCUCCAUAUCAAAUCCGUCGAAUAGAUGAACUUAACAAAACUCCUACUGGUGCGGUUGAAGCUAAAGUUGCCUGCUACUACCGUAGACGUGAUGUAUCCAGCGCUUUAAUUAAUCAGGCAGAGAAAUAUUAUGGCAGUGAUGAUGAUUAUGAUGAAGAAUGUACAAAUGAACUAACCAAUUCAAAUAAUAAUACUAAUAAUAAUAAUAAUAACAAUAAUAAUAAUAAUAAUACUAACUCUAAAGAAGGCUUCAAACGUUCAAAUAGUGUAAUCUCUGAACAACAAAAACAUCAGUUAAAACAUCGAGAAUUGUUUCUUUCACGACAAGUCGAAUGUCUACCGGCUACGCAUAUUAGGGGUAAAUGCUCUGUUACACUACACAAUGAUGCAGAACCAUUGACAAAUUAUCUGGUCAGAGAUGAAGCAUUUUAUUAUAAACUUAUAUAUGAUCCUAAUUUAAAAACUCUUCAAGAAGAUAGAGGUUCAAUGAGAAUUGGAUCAGAUUAUCAAUCUGAGAUACAAUGCUUAUUGAAAUCAAAAUCAGAAGAUGUCCGAUUAACUGAAGUACAUGAAGAAUUAGUUUGGUCUCCUUCCCAUUCAUUAACAGAACAAGAGAUCGAUAUGUUUUGUUUGUUAGCCAAAGCUGUUGGUACAUACGGUCGUGCACAUGAUACUUCAUCAUCUACUAGACAACCUCUUCUAUUAAGUGCUGCAGCUUCAGCUGGACGUGAUAUAACUCGACAACAUGCUCAUGAUAUACUACAUGAAGCCAAUUACGAUUUGAAUAAAGCCAUUAAUCUUCUAUUACCUGGUGGUCAACCGAUUAUUUAUCGUGAUCAAUUGGAAGAUUGGUCUGCUAAUGAAACUAGUUUAUUUGAAGAAGCAUUAGAUAAAUAUUCAAAAGUAUUCACUGAUAUAUUAUCUAAUUGUUUACCAUGGAAAACGCAUAAAUCCAUUAUUGAAUUGUAUUAUUUUUGGAAAACCACUGACCGGUAUAUUCGACAACGACGUACUAAACUUGCUGCUCAGGAACAUAAAUUAAAACAAGUUUAUAUUCCAAAUUAUAAUAAACCUAAUCCAGCUGUAUUAUAUCAUGCUACAGACAAGCCAAGUCGACCAUGUGAAGGAUGUGGAUCAUUGAAUUCUCCUCAAUGGUAUGCAUGGGGUCCAUCGAAUGCUAAUUCUCGUCUUUGCGCUGGUUGUUGGUCUUAUUGGAAACGUUAUGGUGGCUUAAAAAGCGUUGAAUCUAAAGAUCGUCCUGCUACAACUUUACGCACUCAACAACAAGUGAACAAUUCAUCAGUUGAAACUAAUUCAAAAUCUGGUGGUCCUAUCAAUAUAACUGGAUCAGUGAAUCAUCAAUUCAAAUCUCAUUCUAUCGGUUUAUCUGGUGGAGUAAGUGAUACUCCAGAUAGCGGUGGUGAUAUUGAUGUCUAUUCAUCAAAUGAUCAUCAACAUAAUAUUAAUAACAACAACAAUACUAAGAACACGUCUAAUGGUGCUAAUCCUUCCACUGCUAACAGUAAAUUAAUUGAUGGAUCUGGAUUCUUCAGUACUUUAAUUGGUACUCCAAGAGGAACACAAUGCUUUAGAACUCCGUCUAUUAUACGUCUAGCACGUAUACUUUGUCCAAAUCUUGUUCAACCACUACGUUUAGCUCGACAUCCUGGUGGAGUGCCUGAGAUUUUCUCGUCAAAGCAACAAUUCCAACAUGACAGUAAAUGCAAUGAAUCAAAUCCAACAGGAAUCGAUAAUCUGUCAGAAUCGGAUAUGAUGUUGAUGUAUGCAACAUUGAAGGCUGCUGCUCAACCUAUAAUAGCACGAAUACAUGAUCCAUCCAGUUUAUUGACUCGACCACGAAGAGUACGACGUUUGAAUGAUGUGAUUGAUUCAAUGGCUUCACGUAAAGGCAUUGUAUUUCAACCAUUAGAUCUAUCAUCAACUUUAAAGUUAUCAAUUGCAAAUGGUCCUAUCAAUGAUCGUAAACGACCUCAUUCUCCUAUCCCUCCUGUUAAUGCACCAUCAUCGAAAAAAUUGGAUCAAAAUGAAGAUAAAGUAAAUAAGAAUAGAAAUUCAUCAAUACAAGCAGAAAAUGUUACAAGUGAUAAUAAUAAGUGUUUAACUAAUGGGAAUAGUGUUAUUGUCACUAGUCCAUGUAUUACGAAAUCGGAUUGUUCUCCUUCAUCUGCAUCGAUUGCUGUUUCAUCUAGGCCAAAGAAACCAAUGUUAACAACUGAUUCUAAUUUGGCUAAUCCAAAUUUAAUUUUAAAUAGUAAUGGAAUCUCUACUGAGGAUAGAACAUCAAUGAUGUCGAAAUUUGAAUCGGAACUGAUUCAGCAAUAACUUCACCAGGGUCGAUGAAUUCGAAUUCGAAUCCCAUUUUUACUUCAUUAAAUCAACAAUUCCCUGUUAAACACCAAUGUAAACUGGCGUGUUUUCUCUCUCUCUCUCUCUCUGUGUGUGUCUGCUCCCAUCUCCAUUUCCGAUUCCAAUUGCCACUUCUGUUUUUGAGAGAAAAACACUGUUCGGCUUAAUCGAUACACACUGUCUUUACAAUAAACCUUGUGUUUUGUUCCAUUUCUCUUCUCUUCUGUUUGUGUGUGUGCGUGUGUGUGUCUCUGUGUGUGCAUUAUGAAUGCUACUAAUAAAAUAAUUAACCAAGUCUCCCUUAA